AAUAAAUAAAGAAAGACUUGUGAAUAAGAGAGAAAGAAAGAAAGAAAGAUUGUUGCCAAAGAGACGCCUCCUUCCUCAAUCACCAUAACCAUGGAGGAUCAUACUUCUCAAGAAUCUGAUGAAAAAAGAGAGCAGGCUAAGGAAAUCACUGACUUCGUUCAUCUGAAAAAAGAAGGCAGUAAUGACUUGUCUGAUAAGUCUUCUGAUGAAUCCAACGAAAGAGGUAGAGAAAAUUGUGAUCAGUCUUUCCAUGUAUUAGUCGGCAGAGGCUUCUUUGAUGAUUCAUCUGAAGAAGAAGACUAUGAAAGCAGCAGCAGCAGCGAUGAUGGUGAUCAGUCUUCACUAAUAUGUGAAAUACUCGGCGGUGAAUUCUUUGAUAAGUCUUCUGGGAAUGACACUGAUGAGUAUUCUUCUUCUGAAGAAGAAGACUAUGAAAGCAGCAGUGAUGACUCUGAUUCUGAUGAUUAUGCUGAUGAAUAUGAUGCAUCAGCAGGCUCAUUUGAUCAAGUUUACAAUUGUUACCCUCUCUCUCAGAUUGAAAAGUCACUCCCAGACAAUGGUGACAAGAUCAUAAUGCCAACUUCAGCUAUCACACAUCUCCUACGGUUGAAUGUGGAGUACCCUAUGCAGUUUGAAAUCAAAAAUCAAUCUACCGGUCAAGUUUCACACUGUGGGGUUUUGGAGUUCACUGGCAAUGAGGAUUGUGUCUACCUACCAACUUGGAUGAUGGAGAACAUGAAGCUACAAGAGGGUGACCCUGUGAUUAUGAAGAAUGUGAGGCUUGAAAAAGGAACUUACAUGAAGUUGCAGCCUCACACCACGGAUUUCAUUCAUCUACCAUGCAUGAAAGAUAUGCUGGAAGACAUAUUGAGGAACUUCUCUUGCCUGACAAUUGGAGAUACUAUUAUGAUCAACCACAACAAUUGUGAGGCGGAGUUUGCUCCUCCUCUGGACUACAAAGAACCUGAGAAACCAGCAACAAAGAAUGCAUUGGCCAAUGAUCAAGGGGAGCAGGCCAAUAAGGAAAGGAAGUUUAUACCGUUUACGGGAAUGGCAAGACGCUUGGAUGGGACAAAUUCUACUGAACCAGCUGUGCCAGAAUUAUCAUCUGAAGAGGAGCAACCAUUGGGUGCUGCAGACACAAGGAUGGCAACUCAACCAAAGUUCAGUUCGCAUAAUCGUGCAGGAAAAAUUGUGUUUGGUUCUCAUGAGACCCAGCCAAUGAAGAUCUCAAACGAUUUUGUUCAAGCAGAAACAUCAAAGAAAGAUCAACAAAAGUUUCAGCCAUUCACAGGGAAGAAGUAUAAAUUGACUGAGUGAUUUGAUCUUAGCUAUUUAUGUGAGUAAGAUUAUAUACUUAUAUCUAACCAACUCACAAUUUGUACCAAUUAUUGAGCAGGUUUGAGACUUUUUUUCCCCCUUAAAUUUUGUUUAUUAUUGGCUCAAUUGGAAAUGAUUCUAUUAUCUCGUUUUUCAUAUAAACCAUAUCACUCACUCGAGUUAUUCAAUUAGCACAAUCCAGCACCAGCUCUUGCAAGUUUAUGUUCCAAGUUCCAACUACAUUUUUUCUCUAUUAGUUAAUUAUUCAUCUAGGACCGUAAGCAUGACAGUUUUUGUUUUAGAUAAACUGCCUAACUUCAACACCCAUCUUGCAAGAACUUUGGUGAACAAUUUAGUUGAAGAUGGGUAAUUUUUACAAAUGGAUUGGUCACAGUAUGAGAAACCAUCACAGAAUGAAGAAAGGCAAGUACUGAGGAAUCAGUCACCCAUCCACUAAAUUUCUGUAGUGCCCACUUUUCUUGUACAGCUAAAUCAUAACCACGUGAUCUCAGAAUGCAAUGGUUCAGAUUUUAGUGAGUUGAACUGGUGUUUCACAAUUUUCACAAUAUGAAUUUCUGGUUUGGGUGUUAUUAUUAAGGGACUCAGCUGGUCAGGUUAUGGUGGGGCUGUUGUUCAAGGAGACCCUGAUUUAAUUCCAAACUUGAAUCGUAUUUGACUGGAGCAAUGCUAUCCGGUUUACUAGGGAUGUUGGCAUUCAUAAUUGCAUCAUGGAGUGUGAUGAAGUUGGCUUUUACAGACUAAUGCAGCAUAGUUGCAAUUCUUUUGCCCUUUAUUGCACACCUGGUGGAAGAACUUCUGAUUUUAAUUAAUGUCUUCUUUGGAAGAUUCCCAAUUUAGUUUGGUUGCUAGUUCUGGAAAUAGGGUACCAGAGUUUGGCUUUAUCUGCUGAUGCUUAUUCUGAUUUCACCGUGUGAUUAGAGGAGUUGCCUUUAAAGUUUUCUUCUGUAUUGGUUGAUGAUGUAAUCCCUGUGAUGUAAGUCAUUAUCUAUUAAUGGAAUUUCUGAACUUUCUAUUAAAAAAAAAGA